CAGCAGAAAGACAGUUAUUUCCUGUAAGGAGCUUUCUGAGUUGUGAUCUGAAAUUCAAUGCUUUUUUUUCCUGGAGACAUGCAGUUGGAAUUAGAGGAGGGCAUACAACUUAACUGUAGGCUCAGGAAAGGCAACACUUGAGCUAAGUUUGUUUUAGAGCCUAGGUUAAAAAUUAUUUGGGAAAGGUACGGAAGGAGAGAGAGGGUACUCAAGGAGAGUAAAGAUGUAUAAAGGGACAGAGUUGUGAAAGAAAGAUUUGUAGUUUAGAAACUAGGAGUAGUUUGUGAGGCUAGGAGAGAGAUGUUAUAAAAUAAUGCUAAAAGAGCCUGUGGAAGGUGGCAGCAUUGGUAGCAGCAACACCACCUAAGCACAGAGGCUGGGGCCUGGCAUGGUGGCGCAUUCUGCACUGUGAGAACACAGCAGCCACUGGGUUGCCAUGAGUUGGAGACCCUGAAAUGGGCGCCAGUGGCUCCAAAGCUCGGGGCCUUUGGCCCUUUGCCUUGGCGGCAGGGUGUAGUAUCCUGGAGACUGCGGGCAAUGAGCAAGCCUUGGUGAGGCUGAGAGGUGCCGCCCUUCGUAUUCACGCACUGCGGCUCUAUGUCGAGGAUGGGGAUCUGGCUCAUGGGUUCUAUGAGGAGACAAUCGUCACCAAGAAUGCCAAGCUGAGGUGGGUGUAUAAGAAUAUGAUUCCUCAGGGCAUUGUGAAGCUGAAUCUCCCCCCAUCCCUGCCCCGCAUCCACAUGGAUUUCCCUGUGAUCCUCUAUGAAGUGUGAGCCUGGUGGGUGACAGAAAUAAGCACCCCUCAAACCCAGUAGAAACUUCCAUUCUCAAGGUGUGGCUUCCAUUAAGAAGCUCAGCCUGGGGCCACAACCCUGAAUAAACUCUGUUGGCCCAGAACCUUCAGCUGUGAACAGGGCAGUCCUCAAAUAAAUUGGGUUUUGGUUUGUGUGUGGACAAGAAAUGGUGGCUGGCAAAGGCUAAUGGCAGAGUUAUCAGCACAGCUUUCCCAGCUCCCACCAGAAGGAGCAUGGCAGGGCAUAUGCCAGUCAGCAGUGUGUGGUUACUGGUUCCUUGCCUGGCCUGCUUUCUUCUAAGCUUGCCUAAGGCCCAGCCCUACUAGAAGCUAUAGCACUUUACAUGCAAAGUCUGCCUUCUUCCAGCCCCUGGGCUUUGGGAGCUCUACACAAGUGGGAACUUCCUUUCCCUCACUUCUUUUACCCCCUAGUCAGAGCAUUUCAGUUAUUUGCUACCUUGAUUCUUCUUGUAUUGGACAGAGGCUGGGGACAGCACCAGACUGAUUCUUCCCCACUUCCCUGCCAUUUGUUCCCGCUUUCAGAUGUACAGUUUGCUGGCUGUUAGCAGCAUGAGGACUGGUAUGGGUAGCUUCUACCUUUCCCAGGGCUUGGCUAAUUGCU